UCAAUUGAUAUUUUAAGCUUAGCCAAUCAUAAAUAGUAAGCACAUUUUUAGUCAUAUUCAAAGAGCUCAAAUUUCUUCUUGAUUUAAUUACAAAUUGGUUUGAUUGGAAAAUACCUUUUGCAAGUUGAAAUUACUGUCCGAUUGGACAUGAACGAAACUACUUUUUCAUGGAUUGAUGGUUAAAGGAGAAAUAUUUGCACCCCUCUAGAUAGAAAAAAGAAAAUGACAUCCGAACCCAAGUAAUAAUAAAACAAAAUAAAAAGUGAGUGUAUUCGUAGCUAAAAAAACAGUUGCUUUAAUUCUGGUCCAGUGGUCCUUAAUAUAUGCUCUUAUAUUAGUUAUUAUUAAACGCGCGCGCAUACACACACUCCUAUAUAGCAGAUUUUUCGGUAAUGCUUAUGUCCACCACGCGUAGGAAUUGAUAUUUGGCAACAAAAAACUUGAUGUGUUUGAGUUGUCAACACACAAAAUCAGAGACAGAAAAAAAGUGAAGAACAAAAAUGGGAAGCAAUAACAGGGAGUCACUUUUUUACAAAGAAGUGCUACCAUUUGCAGCUAUGGUAGCUAUGGAAUCCAUAAAUGUUGGAUUAAAUACACUUUAUAAAGCUGCAACUAACAAAGGCAUGAGUAAUCAUGUCUUUGUUGUUUACAGUUAUGGUGUUGCUGCUUUUCUCCUUCUUCCUUCUCCUUUUUUCUCCACCAGAUCAAGAAUACUUCCACCUCUCAACAGCUCAAUUCUUGCAAAAAUCUUUCUUCUUGGAGUAAUCGGGUGUACAUCACAGAUAAUGGGGUAUACAGGCAUCAACUAUGCCUCUCCUACGCUUGCCUCCGCCAUCAGCAAUCUCGUCCCUGCCUUUACUUUCAUCCUGGCUGUCAUUUUCAGGAUGGAAAAGAUACAGCUGAAAAGGUCAACCACUCGGGCCAAAGUCUUGGGCACUGCGGUAUCCAUAGCUGGGGCAUUCGUAGUGACUCUAUACAAAGGCCCAAAAAUCCUAGUGCCAACCACGUCCACACCCAAUUUACUACCCAAUUUACUGCAUCAACCUCUCAGCUCAUCUCAAUCGAAUUGGAUGCUUGGUGGCCUUUUCCUCACAACUGAAUAUUUUUUAGUCCCCAUGUGGUAUAUAGUUCAGACAUGGAUUAUGAAGGAGUAUCCAGCAGAAGUGACUGUAGUUUUCUUCUACAACUUGUGUGUGAGCAUCCUAGCUGGUAUUGUAGGAUUCUUCUCCGAACCUGACUCCAACAAAUGGAUAAUUAAACCGGAUAUCACAAUGGCCUCCAUCCUUUGCUCUGGAGUUUUGGGUUCAUCCCUAAACAAUACAGUUCACACCUGGGCUUUGCGCGUGAAAGGACCGGUGUAUGUAGCAAUGUUCAAACCUUUGGCAAUCGCCAUUGCAGUUGCCAUGGGAGUCGCUCUCCUAGGAGAUACUCUUUAUUUAGGAAGCAUCCUCGGAGCGACAGUAAUUGCCGUUGGCUUCUACACUGUAAUGUGGGGUAAGGCAAAAGAGACGCCGGACUACGAUGAUUCUAGUGAUCUCGAGUCAUCUGCAGCCCAAAAGUUCCCGUUGUUACACAAUUACAAAAAUGAAAGCAUCUCAAACAAGUAACAGUUAGUUGGAAGGAAGAAUGGGAUAUCACACAAAAGGUUGUAGCUGCAUAGCGAAGAAGGUGCUAUCUUUGUAUAGGAAGAAACAAAAUGCUGCUCUGGGAAAAAAGAGCAGCAAGUUGUUGGCGUAUAUCCUUUGUUCUGUACAGCUAUUUUGGAAAAAGACUUGUUUACCAAGUGACAUGUUUUCAUUGGCUUCAAAGUACUGAAAGUCACUAGAGGGGAAACAAAAUGAUCCAUUUGUAUAACAUGAAUGAACUAAAGCCUAUGUUAGUACAGUAACUGAACAAAAUGAAACAUGUAACUAAAGGCUUGCCAGUUAAUCUCAAUUAAACAGGAUAUGGGCACCCUUUCUGUA